AUGCACGUUAGGACUUUUCUGUUGGUUGUCUUGGCACUUUGUGUCUUUCCAAUCAUCACUACUCAUGCAUUUAUUCCAUCACAUCCGAAUACCUUACAACAACAACAACCACAACAACAACAGUCAGCAUUUAGAAUAACAAGAAGGUCUGAUGUUGCUAGCAGUAGUAGCAGCAGCGCUGCAGCAGCUGCAGCAGCUUCCGAUCAACGAAGGAGAAGAUUCAGCUCCGUUGCGUAUCCGAACUCCAGCAACAAUGCGAAUUCUUCACCCGCAAGAACGGCAACACGGCUCUAUGCCUAUUCUCUCAAUUCCAUCGAGCAGGUCUGUGUCAACAAGAUGGACAAGUGGUACAGCAAGUCCUUGGCCAUCAAAUGUCCCUUUCUGAGGAGACGCAUGUCGGACGUUUUGGAUGCCAUGGACAAGGUCAUGCGCUUUUUGAUCAUCCGGCACAAAUCCCUCGACUUGAUUGGACCACCCUUGAGUUACCGAUGCCCCAAAAUGUCCAAGGCCAAGGUCCGCAACUUGAACAUUCAACAAUUGGCAGAUGUGAUUCGGAAAGAUUGGAGAGAGGACACUCUCAAAGGGUAUUACAUUACUGGGAAACUGAAUACUACCGUCUAUCGCGAUGACUGUCUCUUUGAUGGACCCGAUCCAGACAUGCCGGUACGAGGAUUGCGCAAGUACAUUAACGCAGCCUCUCAACUCUUUGAACAUCAAACGAGUACGGCUACCUUGCAAUCCUUGGAGAUUGUGGACAAUCACACAAUCAGGGUCUUUUGGGAACUAAAAGCAACCUUGCAUCUCCCAUGGCAUCCCAAACUACCCGUUUGGACCGGGAGUACGACCUAUCACAUAGACGAGGAUGGUCUUGUUUACUUUCACGAAGAUUCGUGGGAUAUGUCUGUCUUUCAAGCCUUUACGGAAACUUUCUUUCCCACUGUUGCUUCCAGAAUAUGGGAACCACUGCCAACGACGGAACGACCUCAAAGUUCGCUGUAG